UAGAAAUAAUGAAGCCUGGAGGGCUGUUGAGAAAGGCCGACAAAAUCUAUCGAUUAAUUUGUCAUGGCGAUUUCGCUCGAUCGGGUUCAACGAUGCCGGAUUUGACAGCAGUCAGGUAUAAAGUCAAACGAGGGCCUUUUGGGGAAAUAACCGGGACCCACAUCAACUUUUUUGAGCAAUUGUUGGGACACAAUCGAGUUAUUACUGAUCCAAAUGAGUGUGACGCUUAUAAUGUCGACUGGGUGAAAACGGUGCGAGGAAGCAGUAGGCUGGUGCUAAAGCCAAAAACUACCGAUGAAGUUAAGGAAAUUCUCAAGUUCUGCAAUCUCAAUCGGCUGGCUGUUUGUCCUCAGAGUGGGAAUACUGGUCUUGUAGGUGGAAGUGUGCCAGUUUUUGAUGAAAUUGUUUUAUCGAUGAAGAUGAUGAAUAAAAUAAUAUCUAUCGAUCAGCUCUCUGGAGCUUUAGUUUGUGAAGCUGGAUGUAUUUUAGAAGUUUUGGAAAAGCAUGCCGAACAAUACGGAUUAAUGAUGCCCCUGGACCUUGGGGCAAAGGGAAGUUGCCUUAUCGGGGGAAAUAUAUCUACAAAUGCCGGAGGUCAAAGAUUAUUAAGAUACGGAAAUUUACAUGGAUCCGUAUUGGGUCUUGAAGCUGUUACAGCGGAUGGCCGAGUAAUCGAUUCUAUUAGCACACUGAAGAAAAAUAACACCGGUUAUCACCUGAAGAAUUUAUUUAUCGGCGCCGAAGGCACUCUGGGAGUCGUCACUAAAGUUGCGAUUCAGUGUCCCACUCGUCCGCUAGCGCAAAACGUUGCUUUUGUCGGCUUGAAAAGUUUCGAUAAAGUUUUGAAAACUUUUGUGCUGGCGAAAGAAAAGCUCGCGGAAAUUUUGUCCGCCUGCGAGGUAAUAGACUCAUGGUCGAUGGAAAUCAGCACCGAUUUGCUGCAUCUCAAGAGCCCGCUCGGUCAGAAGCACCAAUUUUACAUGCUCAUUGAGACGUCUGGAAGCAAUCAGGAGCAUGACGAAGAUAAACUUACGUCUUUUCUUGAGAGUGCUAUGUCUGAGGAAUUUAUUGAAGACGGGACUAUGAGUGUUCGUGAGCGUUUGGGUGAAGGUUGCUUGCGUGACGGCUACUGCUUCAAAUACGAUGUAUCGCUGCCACUUCCCCACUUCUACAAACUGAUUGAAGCCCUUCACGAACGUCUAGACACUUCACGCAUCGUUCGGAUCAGCGGAUUUGGUCAUUUAGGCGACGGGAACUUACAUGUGAUAGUGGCAACACCCGAGUACGACCCAGAGAUCGAGUCUCAACUUGAGCCUUUCCUCUUUGAGUACGUAUCGGAGCAGCGUGGGAGUGUGAGCGCCGAGCAUGGGAUCGGAUUUAAAAAAACGAAGUAUCUCAGCUACAGCAAAGACAAGUCUGCGAUCCAGCUGAUGAAGGAAAUCAAAAGCUUGAUGGAUCCAAAUGGAAUUUUGAACCCCUACAAAGUUCUUCCCUAG